ACUACCAUGCUAUCAAGUUAUAAAGCACAUUCAGCGGCAUUUUCAUGGAGCUAUCAUCGCCUCUAAUCGCGCUGGCCUCUGGAUUUGUCAACCAUUUCUUGACUACUUUGAUCAAAUGAGUAAUAUGUCACUUGAAAAUCUGUUAAUUAACGUGACAAUCGUUUUAACAUUUCACUAUAAUUUACGGACUAUAAUUUACAUUCGCUACAUUAACCAUAUGAAAAUUAAUAAAGCUCAAGUACUUCAUCGGUUUUGAGCAGCAGCAUAUAAACCCAUGCACAUGAAACUUGCUUUUUUUUCUGUAAAUCUCCCAAAACCAUUCCUUUACCUGAGAUGAAUUCGCCAUUGCUUUUAUUGAUUCUCCUUGUAUGCAUCCACACGGCUCACCUAGGUGCUCUAAAUGAUGAAGGUCAUGCUCUUCUAUCCUUCAAACAGUCCCUGGAAAACAGCGCAGAAGGCUAUCUGAUCAACUGGAACUCAUCAGAUGUGAAUCCAUGCUCGUGGCAUGGAGUUACAUGCAGAAAAGAAAAAGUUAUUGCUGUCAUCAUUCCAGAUAUGAGACUAGUUGGUUUUCUGUCUCCUGCGCUUGGAGAGCUUUCUGCAAUUCGUCAUGUUAACCUUGAGAACAACUCGUUUCGUGGAAGCUUACCUAUCGAGCUCUUCAAUGCAACUUGGCUGAAGAGAUUGGUCCUUUCAGGUAAUUCAUUAUCUGGACCUCUUCCACCUGAGGUAGGGAACCUCAGGAACCUACAAACCUUGGAUCUUUCACAAAAUUCAUUCAAUGGCUCAAUACCUUCAUCUAUAGUUCAGUGCAGGAAACUAACCACACUUGUUCUCAGUCAAAAUAAUUUUACUGGCUCUCUCCCUGAAGGACUUGGAAACAGUUUGAUUAGCCUUCAGAAGCUCAAUCUUUCUUACAACAGCUUAGGCAGUUCAAUCCCCAGUGAUAUUGGAAACUUGUCAGAUUUGCAUUUUACACUUGAUCUAUCUCACAAUUUCUUCAAUGGUACUAUUCCAGCUAGCCUGGGAAACCUCGCUGAGAAAGUCUAUAUCGAUCUCAGUUACAAUAAUCUUAGUGGUCCUAUACCUGGGGAUCUAUUAAAUGCAGGACCAACAGCUUUCAUAGGCAACCUUUUGCUUUGCGGAUUACCAUUGAAUAUUUCAUGUCCCCCAGGCAUUCCAAAUGAAAAUCCUCAAUCAGCAUUUCAUUACCCAUCCCAGAGUUCAGGUGGAAGUUCCAUAAAGAGAGGGAAAGAAAGUCACUUCAGUUCAUUGCAGAAGAUAAAAACUAUUGCAGGUGUGAUGGUAGCCGUCUGCCUCAUUGGGUUCUUGUUCUCUUAUUGGUACAAGAAGGCCUCUGUCUGUAGAGGAGUUCAAAAUGUCACUGGCUAUCGUCUUGAAGAGAAACUGACGAUUGGGAGGGACAUUUUCUGCUUUGCCAAAAAAGACAUUGACACUCUAUCAGAAAAUAUGGAGCAGUGCGACUUUGUGCCAUUGGACUCACAGGUCAACUUUGAUCUAGAGCAACUUCUUAAAGCAUCUGCUUUUCUUCUGGGUAAGAGUGCAGGUGGGAUUCUGUAUAAAGUGGUGCUUGACAAUGGACAAACUUUAGCAGUGAGAAGAUUGGGGGAUGGAGGUGGGCAAAGACUCAAGGAGUUUCAAACUGAAGUAGAAGCAAUUGGAAAAAUAAGGCAUCCUAACAUAGUUAAUCUUCGAGCUUAUUGCUGUUCUGAUGAUGAGAAGCUGCUUAUCUAUGAUUACAUAACCAAUGGAGACCUUACUGCAGCAAUUCAUGGAAAAGCUGGAAUCAUACCUUUUAGACCCCUUUCAUGGUCUCUUCGAGUAAAAAUCAUGAAAGGAAUAGCCAAAGGCUUGGCUUUUUUACAUGAAUUCAGUCCAAAAAGGUAUGUCCAUGGAAAUCUGAAGCCAAGCAAUAUUCUUCUUGGAGAGGAUAUGGAGCCUCAUAUUUCUGACUUUGGGCUUGGCCGCCUUGCCAACAUAGCCGAGGAAUCACCAGAGUUUCAGGUAGAACAGAUGGCAAUUUGGACAUCACAUCAGAGAGUUCAAAAAAAUUCUCCAUAUGAGUUUACAACAAUAAAUUCUUCCCCAAAUGGAUCAUACUAUCAAGCUCCUGAAGCCUCAAAAGACAUAAAGCCAUCACAGAAAUGGGAUGUUUACUCAUUUGGAGUGAUUUUACUGGAAAUGAUUUCUGGAAAGUUGCCAAGCAUUCAGGUAGGGCCUUUGGAGAUGGAUCUGGUUCAAUGGGUUCAACUCAGCAUUGAGGAAAGAAAGCCACUCUCUUCUAUCAUAGAUCCCUCCUUAGCUCAUAAUUGGGGUGAAGAAGAAAAUAUAACUGCCAUACUAAAAAUUGCAUUAGCCUGCAUUCAUAAGAGUCCUGAUAGGAGACCUACAAUGAGGUAUGUAAGUUAUAGCUUUGAGAAAUUGAACUCAUACUCUUGAGAGUUCAUGAUAGUUAAAACCUAAACGUUCCGUCCACUAAACCCUCAAGUAGAUCUAAGAACAGAGAUAGCUGACUUGUUUUUGGAACACAUUUUCGGAUGUGUCAAGAUAACAAGUCAUUCCUCAGGCAAAUUUCAAUAUACAUAAAAGAUUCAACAUGCUGUUAUUCAUUUAAUUUCUCUUAGAAGAAUGGAUUCAUCACUUACUGUGAAUGUUACAACAUGCAGCAGAAUAAAAAUAUUUAUUUCUAAAUGUCUUAGUUCAUUGAGCUGAAGCAAAAUGGAUUUCUCCAGCAGCAACCAGUUGAAAUUCUACCUUCUCUC